AUGGAGCUUGCUGUAUCUGCAGUAGCAGGUGAAAUCAUGAACCGAUUCGUCUCCUUCCUCGCCAAUAGGUACCUCCACUCUAACCGCCAGGCACAGUCGGAAGAGAAGCAGCUGAAGAAGCUGCAGCAGCUGCUCCUGAGAGCUCGCACGGUUGUCGGGGAGGCGGAUGGGCGGUACAUCACCAACUCCGGGAUGCUGGCGCAGCUCAGCAUGCUCGCGGAUGCCAUGUACAGAGGCUACUGGGCACUCGGUGCGUCCAGAUACAUCUCACUCCAAGAGUCCAUGGAGGAGGAGGGGGAGGUUUGCAAUCCAUCUUUUCCCAAACGUUUUCGCAUGGUUCAGGGCAGUGCUAGAAAGAACAAGGCCACGUACCCCGUCGACUUGCAGGGCGCGUUGGAGAGCUUGGAGGAUGUUGUCGCUGGCAUGACGGAGUUUGUCAUUCUUUUGGGUGGGUGCGACCGUAUGGUGCGUCAACCAUACGACGCGUACCUUUUCAGUGACAAGAUCAUGUUCGGACGCCACACCGAGAAGCAGAAGCUCCUUAACUUCAUGCUACAGCACGGCCCUCCUGGCGGUGUGCCGGCUGUUCUCCCGAUCAUCGGCGCUCCAGUGGUCGGAAAGAGGACUCUGGUCGCCCAUGUAUGCAAGGACGAGAGGGUCCGCUCACACUUCUCUUCGAUUCUGCAUCUGAAUGGAGAUUCCUUGGGUAGAAUCGCAGAACAUGGUGGUCUCAUGCCAGGAAAUAUGCUGGUGGUUGUCAAGCUUGUUUCAGACGUCCACGAGGAGGAUUGGGCCAAGUUCCGUUCAACAGUGGCAACAAGCAUGGACAACGGAAGCAAGGUGAUCAUCAUCAGCCGCCUUAAAAGUUCAGAGCGACUCGGAACCGUUGAGCCAAUCUUCCUCAACACCCUGUCAUACGAGGAGUUCAGCUACCUAUUCAAGACACUAGCAUUCGGGAGCGUGAACCCGGCACAGCACCCACGGUUAGCGCGGAUAGCAGACGAGCUGGCCAGGGAAUUCCAAUCUGAAUGGUCAAUCGCCACUGCAAAUCUGUUUGCGGACAUCAUGAGGAGGAACCUCAGCAUCCAUUUCUGGCUCUGCAUCCUGAGCGGGCUGAGAAGGGUAGUCGAGAGGAACUUAUCCCUGUUUGGGGAGCACCCGAAGCUCCUCGCCCAAAGACGCCACCAGAUAGACGUUACUGACUUGGUCUUGCAUCCCAUGGAUUCUCCACUCCGGUUCGUACAUUCCUGUACCAGUGGUAGCAGCCGCACUGAAGUUACGGUGGAAAGGGAAAUGCUACCGAGGGUGAGGUUUGGGGAUCUGGUGAUGGAUCCUGGAGUUAGACCACAAGGGGAUUUCAAUGUGGUUGUGUGGGAAUCAAGGUUGCCGCCUUACACCUCAUUUGUUCAUUUUGCUACAAAUGGAAAUGGUGCUCCAGGUGCGGCGGAACAGAGCACUCCCCUGUCUGGGAGGAAGCGUGCAGCGGUGCAUUUGUAA